UGAGAAGGAGAGAGGUUAACCAGACCUGCUCCACGUCUUCAGAAACAUGUCUGCUCUUUGCCAAUGUGGCUUGAUACGCGUGGAAAACUGAGUCAUUGUUAACACCAGCUUAGAACUGUCGCCAGUCAUGUUGAAACUUUCUGAGAAAUCAGGUGAGCAGACGGGGACUCAAAUUCUCCUGGAUGCGAUGUCAAACGACAAGAUCCAUUUGGCGCGUUUCAUUUUGGAUGCUCUAGAUGGAAAAAUCGUCAAUGACAGGACAGAAAGGGCACAGACUCCUUUAAUUUUGGCGGUUCUAUUACCUGACCCUCAUAUGAGGUCUAAAUUUAUGAAGCUUUUACUGCAGAGAGGCGCAGACGUGAACUGCCAGGACGAGACGGGACGCACUGCUUUGAGUUAUGCAUGUGAAAGUGGACACCUGGAGGCAGUAAAAACGUUAGUUCAAAAUAAUGCUGACCCAGAGCUGGUAGAUGCAUGGGGAAAUACAGCUCUGAUUUAUGCGGCAGUGGCAGGACAUACACCAGUAGUGGAAUUUUUGGUGAGAGCGUUUAAAAGAUUGGGUCUUGAGAUUGACCGACCAAAUCGAGUUGGCAAUUCUGCUGUCCAGGUCGCCAAGCACCUUGGGUAUAGAGGUUGCGUACUAGCGCUUACAAACAACGGUAGGAAAACGCAGGAUUAUGAAAAUUGUAAUCGGCAUGUUCUCGGCACAUGUCAGAAUAACAAUGAUCCAUCGGAUGAAAAGUUUGAUAGAAAGUUUGCAGACGUUUUACAAGAAAAACAACGUGAUAGCUAUGCGUGCCGGCCUCUCCAAACAAGAAGUGGCAUAUCGGCGGGUGAGACUCGACCUGUUGGCGCUCUAGAUAGAAACACGUUUUUGGGUUUUAGAAAUAGGCUAGAAUCUAUGGAUUCUAUAGAUGAAGAAGCAGACAGGGAAAGCGACAGCUGUCCCGAAUCGCAAGGACUCGCUUUUUCUAAUGUUCUUACUCCAAGACCUCGCCUGCGAUCCUGGAGUGUUCAGUAUGUAAAUACUAACCAUAAACUUUUGGAGAAAACAGAUAACGGCCAUUGCUCUUUACCACCGUUACCCCAAAUCUCGGAUCUUCACAAUUCCACCCCAAUCAAAAACGCCUUUUCCUGCAGUUCAACUUCACCUUGCGCCGGUAUUUCAGUGUCAGGCUCUCGGACUUUACCCAGUCCUCUUGGCAUUCUUUUAACCCCGAUUGCUCACAACAAAGGUGGCAAGGACAAAACGGACAACGAAAAGCAAAAACUAUCACGCCAGCAAGACUCCGGAAUAAGAAGAUUUAACGAAAGUUAUUACCAAAAAAGGGGUAGUUUGCCAACAUGCGUGCUGAGCCCAGCGCCCCCUGAUCGGUCACUGUUACCUUUGCGUAAAAACAAAAGUGCAGUGAAAGACGCACAAGCAAACUUCCCAACAUCUUCAAAUACUUCAGCAGCACCUACUACUUUUACAAUCUUGGGUAACAAGCUGUUUAGACGAUUCACUUUCCCAGAGCUCAAGAAGACUGGUAAAGAUUUGCAAGAGGAUGGCUGUAGUGAUUCUUCAGUCAACAGCCCUGAGUCCGGUACGAGGGGAAUGUCAAGAUCAGAGACUUUUCCGAUGAGCAGAAAUCACCCUCAGGUCGGCAGCAAACCCAGCAUCGAUAGUAUCAGUGCAGUGAAGUGUGAAUUUGAUUUUCAGUUAAAAAAGUGUUCAUCCUAGUGCAUUUGUAAACCACAGGUAAUACCAGUGUGCACUUUGUGAUUAGAAAAUGACCGUGCUGUUAUGGCAAAGUAAAUAUUUGAACAUUAUAUAUAUAAUUAGCCAAAUGGCCGUGCAUAAAGCAACGUGGCCAAUGCUGUGUUUUUGUACUGUAUGAUGUUUAGGAAAGCCGAACUGCUGUGUAUUUAGGUAAAACUAUGAGGAAUUGAUAGACAUAUUCACAAAGCAUUUACACCAGUACCACAUGUUCUAUUUUUUAUUUUAUUUUAUGAAAAACACAUUUGUUAUGUUACAGAAAUAGAAUGAAACAACUAUGACGCAUGUAAGAACUUCAAAAGGAACCACCAGCUAUUUAUUUGAAGCUUUGUAACAUACACUGUGUUUAUAACUGGUAAAUGCGUGAUAAAGAAUAUGUAAUUUAGUAUUAAACGUUUUGGUUAGUGCUUGAAACGUGAUAAUUUGUCCACAUUAAAUUGAUGAAGGCAGGCCAAACCUUGGAUUUGAGUGUUUGUUUUAAACAGAAAUAGAUUAUCGGUAUACAUACAAUUUAAAUUUUAAACAACUACACAAAUAGUUCAAAAUCGUAUGCAACAGAUUUUAAACACAUUUAGUGUUUAUGUGAAUUGGUUGAGACUAUACUUUUAGACGCGCAGAAAACAAAAAUAUUACCAAAAUAAAAAUAUUACAAUGUAAAGUAUAUAAAUAUAAUGAUGUUUUUAAAAUCUGCAUAUGGUUAAUGUGUAUGUUGUAGUUCUCUCUGUUGAAAUACAGCAAGCAUUAUUAUUGUACUCUAAAUGUAUUCUAUCAUGACAUCCAUACAAUGCUCAUGUAAAGUGACUUUUGUAAAUAUUUCGUUAAUCGCCUCUCGAACUGUUCUUAUACUCUGCUCGGGAUGAUGCAGAACUCAAAUGUGCCUUUCUGAGCAGUGUCUUUUUAGAUACAAAUUGCUAACACAAUAAAUGUUUCAUAUUAGGUCAACUCAAAUCUUGUUAUAUUAUUCGAAAAAGUGUAUAAACUUUAUUUAUGUGUUUAUUUAUUAUAUUGUUGCUUAUUAAUGUUUUUGUUUUUCACUCCAUGUCCAGUAUUGCUUGUGUAACUGAUUGUUGCAAAUUGUACGUCAGUUAUUUAUACACAAAUGAUUGUCAGCG